CAUAUACUUAAGACACAAAACAAACAAAACAAAAUAUCUCAGUGAGCUUAAUCAACAACAACAACAAUGGCGGACGAGGUGAUUCUUCUUGAUUUCUGGCCGAGUAUGUUCGGAAUGAGGACGAGGAUUGCUCUAGAGGAGAAAAAUGUCAAGUUCGAUUACAGAGAACAAGAUCUAUGGAACAAAAGCCCGAUUCUCCUCGAGAUGAAUCCGGUUCACAGUAAAAUCCCGGUUCUCAUUCACAAUGGUAAACCGGUCUGUGAAUCUCUCAUCCAAGUCGAAUACAUCGACGAAGUUUGGCCCGGGAUAAACCCACUCCUUCCUUCUGAUCCUUACCAGAGAGCUCAGGCCAAGUUUUGGGGAGAUUACAUCGACAAGAAGGUGUAUGCUUCGGCGAGGUUGACUUGGGGAGCGAAAGGCGAAGAGCAGGAGGCAGGGAAGAAGGAGUUGAUCGAGAUACUAAAGACACUAGAGUCUGAGCUUGGAGACAAGAUUUACUUUGGAGGUGAAACGUUCGGUUACGUGGACAUAGCUCUCAUUGGGUUUUACAGCUGGUUUGGGGCGUAUGAGAAGUUUGGGAAUUUCAGCAUUGAAGCAGAGUGCCCAAAACUGAUAGCUUGGGGUAAAAGGUGUGUGGAGAGAGAGAGUGUGGCUAAGUCUCUUCCUGAUUCGGAGAAGAUCAUUAAGUUCGUUCCUGAGCUAAAGAAACAUUUUGGGAUCGAGUAGAGAGAUCUUUUAAUUCUACUCUGUAAUGUUUCUACGUUUCUCUUUUGUGUUUGUUGUUUUUGCUCUGCUUUUUUUUUUUUUUAAUUUCUGUUUCGAAAAUCUAAAGGUGUUUCAAAAUAAUACACACAUGACACAUUCCGCAUGCCUAA